AUGGCUACCCAAUUCCCAGACUACCACCUCGUCGGGCUCUACACCCGGUACUCCAGUUGGACAGCCCGCGUGGAAGCCGUACUGGAAUACUUCAAGAUCCCCCACACACACCAGUUCAUCAAACUCUCCGAGACAAAAGCCCACUCCCCAACCGGCCUAGUCCCAAUCCUGCACAUCAAAUCCCUAAACACAACAAUAACAGACAGCCUCUCAAUCUGCGAAUUCCUAGCAGAAUCACACCCAGACCUCCCCCUCUGGCCAAAAGACCGCAAAUUACGCGCCCUGGCCCGCUCCGCGGCGUCACAGAUGCAUUCCGGCUUCGCUGUGUUGCGGAAUACGUUUCAUACGAACUUUCUCGCGCGGUAUACGGGUAAUGUGCCUAUUUCCAGUGAUGCAGUUGCCGAGAUAGAGAAGAUGUUUGGGAUCUGGGAGGCUGCUAGGACUGUUACUAAGGAGAGACUUGCUGAACUUGGGGAAGUUGAUGAAGGGUUCUUGUUUGGGGGGUUUAGUAUUGCUGAUGCUUUCUUUUGGCCGAUUCUUUGGCGAUUCCGCUCCUACGGUGUUCCUUUGGAUACUGCCGGACCUGAUGCUCUUGCUUGGAUGGAGAAGAUGUGGAAUGAUCCUGUUUUUAGGGCUUUGGGGGAUCGGUAUUAUGGUCAGGCUAAGGAUCCUGAGUCGCAGAUUGCUCAUUAUGAUGAUAUCUACCGGGGUAGGGAGGAUAUCCAAUAUAGUCUCUUCCCGCAAGAUUGGGCUUUUUCUUUCCUGGGAAGUGAGAGGGAUUUCCAUGUUUCCAUGUGA